GUAUUGACCAUAGUGUGAAAAGUUUGUGUAUAAAUAUUUUAUGCAUUGCAUAAAAAUCAAGUUUAUGUAAAUUAUGGAACAAGAAACGUUCUUUAGUGAAAAAUCAAAUUUUUUUAAGAAACAGAAAAAAUAUGGAACUACAAAUCACAAUAAUCUAAAGAGAAAUCAUACGGCAGAAGUAUUAAUUCGUCAUGAUUUAACAAAAACAGAUACAUUACAAGGAAUUGCCAUCCAAUAUGGUUGUUCGAUGGAACAAAUUCGGCGAGCAAAUAGACUGUUUGCGAACGAUAGCUUAUUUCUUCGCGAACACUUAAUGAUACCUGUACAUAAAGAUUCACCGUUUUAUCCGAGAGAGGCUGAGCAGCCAAUGUGUUAUAAUAAUAACAAUAAUAAUAAUAAUGGUGUACUGUUAAGACGUGCUAAUACAAUCGGUGAACCAUCCUCAUCAUCAUCUUUGUCCAAAGACUAUUCAGACUCAAUUGACUCGUUAACGAGUCCCGAUGAAGAGAAUCGGAAGUUUAUGGAUGAAUUUCUAGAAAAAAUAGACAGUUCAAUUGCGUCGUCAAAGAAACUUGUGCAGCAACAACAAAGAAACAGUGAUUACAUUUCAUCGAGUCAGAGUGAAGAUUCACUAUUCAGUUCGAGUGGAAAUAGCUUUAUUAACCAUAAUUAUGAACUAGCUCAUAAUCCAGAAACGUCUGCAUCAUAUCAACAAUAUUAUCAAUCACUUAAUAGUCAUCAACAAGCCCGUCACAGUCUAGGUAUGAAUGAUUCAACACAGCUUGUUGUUAAAACAAAUGGACGACACAUAAAGAAUUCCUUACAACGACUUGAAAAGCAGCAAGAUGAAAUUUUCGAAUUGUAGCAGUUAGCAGAAGCGCAGCUUUAUCGAUCGAUCGAUGAUCGAAGUUAUAUGGUGCGGUUAUCCACGAUAAGGGAACGAAUUUCUCGAAUAUUAUUCCAUAGAAACAGUCGUAGACUUCGGCCGCGUGCACAAUAGAUACAAGAAUAAUAUUAUCAUAAUAUAUACAUACACAACUCAGUUAUGAUGACUAUGACUAUACAUUUCAACAUAAAUCCUUCCGUAAUGUAAACAUUGUCGAUAGUACUUCUGUUCUAUGGAUUAGCUGAUAACAAUCCAGUGACGAAUGCUAAACCGUAACUAUAAAAAAAAUUGUAUGAUAUCGAUCGAUCGAGCUGUGCAUGAGAUUAUAUAGGAAAAUAGGAAAAGUAAAGCAGAUUUAGGCCUUAAAAGUGAAGUGAAAUUUAAUAAGUGUCGCUAAUUCUCACUAUAACAAUCAACUAUAGAUAGUUGGGGUUGGUUCAUCAGUGACGUUCACAUUAACUGAAAAGAUACAUCACAGAGUUCAUUCAGACAUGGAAUCGGAAUAGAGUGUCAUCCCAAUUUCGAAUAGACGUCAUAAACGAACGACCCUGGUUCUACAUAUGCUCUUUAUUUAAGUUAUUACAAUGCUAGUUCUUGAAAUAUCACAUGAAUUAUUCAUAAAGAUUCCAAAGUGAUUUUUAUUCUUAUUUCAAAUUAUAUAGCUGGAUCUAUUAAUUUAUUUAACACAAAAAAUAGCUUCUUUAUAACGAGUUAACGGCUAUGAGCGAUUA